UAAGUGUUUAGAAGUGCACCUGUUAUCAGUCUUUUUACAAUAUUGAUAAGUCAUAAAAUGUAAACUGAUCUGAAGGAGAGAUUAAUUAUAUGAGGAUAUAUUUGGUUUUGUAUUAUUAAUGCAAAAUAAAGUUGAUUGCUUGAUUGAUAUAGAUUUAUAGUAACAUAUAGAGCUUAACUAUAACUUAUGUGUGGUGUGGUGGAGUGGAUGAAGAGGAAUACACUAAGGUGGUAUGGACAUGUGCCGAGGAUGCAUGAAGACAGGCUGACAAAAAAGGUUUAUGAUAGCAAGAGAGAGAGGAAUGUUGGGAGGGGUAGACCAAUUGCCACCUGGGAGAAAAGAGUUAGAGAGUUUGUUGAAGAGAGAGCAGGAAGGAGAGGAAAAGUGUUUGAGUGAGCAAGUGAGGUGUACAAGGAUAAAAUGCCCUGGAUACACUUCUGCCAUGGCCACCCCCUGUUGGGGAGUUCCCGGGAGGGAACAAAGCAUCGGCGAUAUUGAUUGAUUGAUCAAAACAGAGGUGCCGGAGGAGAACUCCGGUGAGCUCCGGCAUCACUACACCCCUUCAUACAGUACAAUAGUGAUAUCUCCAUAAGCCGGAGCAAUUGGUGCUGACCACUUCCAGGAAUGAGAGAUUUCCAAGAAAUGAGACGACUCUCUCAAAGCCGGAAAAAAUUCCUCAUCCCCGUAAUUGUCAGGGAAAGGGAAAAUUUUCUCGGAAGUUCUAGUAAUUGUGCAUUACAUUAUCUCUCGAACCCGGAAAGAAAUCCCCCAUCCCCGGAAUUUUUCCGGGUACCAGAAUUUUCUCUAAAUUUCCCAGAACGAUGCAUUAUUUUAUAUCUCAAAGCCAGAAAAAAAUCCCCCAUCCCUGUAAAUUUCCGGGUACCGUAAAAAUGUUCUCGGAAUUUCUAGAAAAUAACCCUGAUUUUCACCUCUCAAACCCGGAAUAAAAAUCCCACAUCCCUGGAAUUUUCUAUAAAUUUCCGGGUACAGUACCAGGAAAAUUUUCUCGGAAUUUAAAAAAAAUGUACCCUUUGAAAAAUCGCUCCCAAAGCAGGAAUUUUCUGGAAAAUUUCGGCUUUGGUAUUGAUUUUCCGAGAAAAUUUCAAUUCCGGCUAUCGGAGAGUUCCUGGAUUCCGGCUUACGGAGAUAUUCCUUAUAUUGUCUAUAAACAAAAUAUACUAUUGUAGUGUACUGUAUAUACUGUACUGUACUGUACUACUCACAAACAGAUGCUGUCAUCUUGAACAUGUGAUGCAGGCAGACCAAAUGGUGAUAAGAUGACAGCUGGUACUAACUAUCACUAUCCUCUCCCUCCGUGAAGGAGAGAGGCAACACAAGAGUGACACGAAUAAUUUCCACUGCUGACGAAGUGCUUGGUCGUGUGGAUACGUUGAUGAUAAAGUAUGUGGUGAUAAGGGUGGUAGCCGUAAUAUAACCCAGGGCUACAGUAUAUCUACAUGUGUAUCUUUGUGUAUGGUGAUAGAAAAUAUAUCUGGUUAUUGUCAUCAGAUUUAAGUUUAUUAUGGUUAGUUAUUAUUCAAAUUUUUGCAGGUUGUGAGUUCAUUCUCAGCAUGGAGAAGUAUAAAGUGUUGGAAGCUAUAGGCCAGGGGUCAUUUGGUCGAGUGUUUCGAGGAAAAUGUUUAUCUAAGGGACAAACUGUGGCACUGAAAUUUAUACCCAAGAGGAACAAAGUGGAGAGAGAGCUGAAGAGCUUGAGACGUGAAUGUGAAAUUCAGAGAGGGGUGGCACAUCCAAACAUUGUCCGAAUGAUUGAUUCAUUUGAGACAGAAAACGAGGUUGUAGCUGUCAGUGAAUAUGUUCCUGGACAACUUUUCCAACUGUUGGAAUCUAAUGGACCCUUGAAGGAAGAAAAGGUUCAGCAGAUUGCCUGCAAUUUGGUGUCUGCCAUAUAUUAUUUGCAUUCCCACCGAAUUCUUCAUAGAGAUAUAAAGCCUCAGAAUAUUCUGCUAUCAUCAACUGGUGAAGCAAAGCUUUGUGAUUUUGGGUUCUCAAGAAAGAUGGGAAUUAACACUUAUGUCCUCACUUCAGUAAAGGGUACACCAUUAUAUAUGGCACCAGAGCUAAUUGAAGAAAAACCAUAUGACCAUAAUGCUGAUCUUUGGUCUUUAGGAUGUAUUCUCUAUGAGUUAUUAACAGGGAAACCACCAUUUUGUACAACAUCUAUUGUUCAACUAAUCAAAAUGGUAAGGACAGAGCCAGUGUCAUGGCCACAGGGAUGGAGUGAAAACUGUAACAGCUUUCUGCAUGGAUUACUUGAAAAAGAUCCAGCAAAGAGGCUAACUUGGCCCCAUUUGCUUGAGCAUCCUUGGGUUCAUGAAGGGUUAGUGUUUGUUCAGCAAUCUCUAAAUGGCAUACCACUCACAAAUCCUUUAACACUAUCACAGCAGCAGGUCAAAGAACAGCAGUGCAAGGAGCUGGUGCAACGAGCUGCUGGCCAAACAAGAAUGAUUGGUAAACCUGUAAUGAAAAAAGUUUUGUCUCCAACAAAAACAAAUUCUGUAUUGCUUAGUUCUAGGGUAGCAUCAAAUUUACCUGGUGCUGUAGGAAUAGCUAUGACAGUUGAGCCAUCUGCUGUUAAGAAUGCUCAGGUUCAAUAUGAGAGACAGAAAGGUGACAUUUUGCCUCAUAUAGAUGUAGAUGUUCUGAAGAAACUUGCAGAAGUUCAUCUUGAAACUGGUAUGUGUAAUCCAAGGGACUCUGACACUAGGUCCUCUUCUCCACUCCAGAUGAGACGAAGAGAGAGAGAGAAAAUGAUUCCGGUUAAUUUAUCAAGUUCAAGUGAUGGAACAGCUCAGAGCAUGGAUGGUAUAUCAUCUAUUAGAGACCCUUUGCACACAACUGUUGUAGAGGUUGAGGUCCAUAAAAGUGCAUCAUCUACAGAAUCAGUACCUUUAGUUCCGAGUCUAAAGGACUUAGAAACUGAUGCCAGAUGUGUAAUUGGUGCAUCUGUUCGGAAGCUUAGCAGGUUUUCCCAGGAGCCUGGAUUCAAGGAGGAAGAUGUAAAAGACUUUCAGAUGUUUGGUCCAAUGCCUUUAGAAGACCGUAAGGAUAGCAUGGUAAACUACUUAGCAAACUCUAUUGACUCUUCCAGACGUGGAAGUAGACCUUCCAAUGGAAUGUUAGAAUUGAUGCAAGAUGGACGACCAAGUUUACCAAAUAUAAAUGAGGAAAGCUUCACUCCAUUUACCCAAGAUAGAGUUCUAACAGUUAUGAGUGGCAAGACUAGUAGUGCAGCAGUUUUCACCCUACAUAGCUUCAACUCUGAAGAUAAACCAAUUGAAACAGAGGAAUGGUGUAGAUUUUUGGACAAGACUCUCGCUGAUACUCUCAAUGGAAAUUACAGUAUUUUUCUUGAACAAAGUGAACUGUCAAUGUUUAUCUCUCCACUUAGAAAUCAAACUUGUUCUCUACAGGUAACAAACAAAAUAGUGACUUUGCUGCUGUUGCCCUUUACCAUGGAGGAAAUGAAGCAUAAAAUUGCAGAUGUAGUUAAAGUGUAUCUUGAGUGUAAACUUGUUCCAAAUUUGAUAUAUGCUUGUAAAUUGAUAUUCAAGGAAGAAGCUCACAAACUUAAUAGAACAGUUGAAUUUGAUAAGGAUCAGAUUGAUACUAUGGGACAACUUACUCUACUAAUCUGCCAUCUUGUUCACCUUGAAAGAGAUUUUCUAUUACAGUUCUGUGAUUGUGUGUGUGUACUAAAUGCCAUCAAAGUAAUUGGGAAGAUACUAACCCUAGACAGUGUGUUACCAGAAUUAGUUGCAGACAUGCUAGCUGUGCUUAAUCAAAUUUUAAGGUUAACUCCAGAAAAUAAAUCAGUGGUAGAACAGAUUAUUGGUACAAAUGAAUCGGUGAUCCUCCUCUUAGGCACACUGAUUACCCUCAAAGUACCUCUUGUGAGAGCCAGACUGUGCACCUUGAUUGGAUACUUAGCAAAGUGUUGUCCCUCAGUGUCUAAACUGUUUGAGGGUCAGCAUAAGCUGAUUUGUGAUCUGAUAAACCUGGAGAGUGAUCUUGUACCCCAAGUAAGAAAAUCAGCCUCCUUUGCUGUUUCAUGUCUGCAGGCAUAUACAGAACUUAUACCAGAUGAUUCCUGCCCAUGACUGGUAACCUUUGAAGAUGUAAUUACAGCAAGAUAAUCUGCAGGGCUUACAUGUUACUUCACAGUCAGAUGUAGCAGUUGUAGCUCCUGGACUUGCAGCUUCACCAAUAUGAAGGGACAUAACUUCAAACUCACUAAGUUAUUAAGCAGAACAAACAUAAGGAAAUACUACUUCACACAAAGGGUGGCAGACUUAUAGAACAGACUACCAGCUCAAGCUGUAGAAUUGAGAACAGUAAUGGGCUUCAAACUAGCCUUAGAUAAAACUAUCACUAUCAAGAAAAAUGGAGUGAUUCUACACAGGCCAUUGGCCUCCUUCCCACAGAAAGGCCACUUCUCGUGGGUGGGCAUUAGAUAAAUAAAGUAAGUUGGUAUUGAAACACAUUCAUAAAACAGCAGAAUCAUUGAUAGGCUUUUUUUUAAAAAGUGCAUCAGGUAUUACCGAAAUGAGUAAAUUUCAUAGUGUUUAAAAAUUUAGGGUCAACCAGUUGUUACCAGCAGAGUUUGUUAAGAGCAAAUACUGUACCACUCAGAGUUCACUACACUCAUACAAAGGAACUGUAGACUUUAACUAAAUUUGAACCGGAUUUCACAAAAUUUGCAGAGGAUAUUCAAUCUCAUAUUUCAUAAGAGUCUAGUAACCAUUACCUUUGUGUUAUUGAAUGUGAAGCUUAAGUUUCUGUUGUAUUAAUAUUUAUCGUUACCCAUUAGGUUACUUGAAUUAUUGUUCUGUACACCACUAUACAGUACUGUAUACUUAUCUGAACAUGUAACUUCGUUUUUUAUUUAAUGUAUUAAUGCCCAAAUUCUGGUUCUAUAUUUCAGAAAUUUAAUAUUCAUUACAUAAUAUUCAUUACACUGUGUGAAGGUUGCAGACAGUUACUGAUAUCUUGUUUGUAUUGUGGCUGAUUAUUAUAGAAGGGUUGUAGACCCAGAUGUGAGGUAUCAGUUUUGUGGCUGAUAAAAGAAACAAAAUAUUUAAUAUCCUUUAUAAGGGUAGACAGAAUUUUUUGUAAAACAUCCAUAGAAGAAAUAUCCAGAAUUAUUAAUCAACAGUUAACCCUGAACCUUCAACUUACUGUCCACUCCUCCCAGUGUAAAUGAACUUAUUCUCCCUCAUCACACAGUAUGAGGAGGCUGUUAUAUUAUCCCUGCACCCAACUGAUUAUUCUGUAUUAAUUAUUUUUAUAUAUCUACAAACAUGUAACUCCAACAAAAUGUACAGUAAUUUUUUGUAUGCUUUCUUGAAUCUUUAUACUAUGCAGUACAAACUAAAAUGUUCAUCCCUGGCAAAUGAAUAAAUAUAUGUGUGAAAAUUAGAGCAUACACAGAA